GGGCCGCCCCCCACUAGUACUCCUCCCGGGCCUCUGCUCUCCGCCCGUGGGGAGGGAGGUGGGGGGCUGGGUGGGAAGAGGCGAGUGCCAGCGCGCGCGCUCCUGGGAAGGAGAGGUCUAAGCACUAGAACCAGCGGCCCCAGGUUUUCAGAAGGGAGUAUCUGGGCAGUCUGCGAGCGGCUGGGGCCAGACGGGGCCGAGUCGAGGAAGCGGGCACGAUGGCCGCCCUCCUGCUGCUACCCCUGCUGCUGCUGCCGCUGCUGCUGCUGAAGCUGCGCCUAUGGCCGCAGUUGCGCUGGCUCGCGGCAGACUUGGCCUUCUCGGUGCGCGCCCUACGCUGCAAACGGGCCCUUCGAGCGCGCGCCCUGGCCGCGGCUGCCGCAGACCCGGAAGGUCCAGAGGGGGGCUGCAGCCUGGCCUGGCGCCUCGCGCAGCUGGCCCGGCAGCGCCCCGCGCACACCUUUCUCAUUCACGGCGCGCAACGCUUUAGCUACGCGGAGGCCGAGCGCCAGAGCAACCGGGCUGCGCGCGCCUUUUUGCGCGCGCGAGGCUGGGACGGGGGGCCCGGCGGCGGCGACAGCGGCGCGGGGGGCGCCGGGGAAGGCGAGCGGGCGGUGCACGGCGUACGAGACUCGGCGGCCGGAAGCGGAGCUGCGCGGCCCGUGCGGGAAGGGGAUGGCGCGGCCCCUCUGGCACCUGGGGCCAUCGUGGCGCUGUUGCUCCCCGCCUGCCCAGAGUUCCUGUGGCUCUGGUUCGGGCUGGCCAAGGCCGGCCUGCGUGUGGCCUUUGUGCCCACCGCUCUGCGCCGGGGUCCCCUACUGCACUGUCUCCGCAGCUGCGGCGCUCGCGCGCUCGUGCUGGCGCCAGAGUUCCUGGAGUCCCUGGAGCCUGACCUGCCAGCCCUGAGAGCCAUGGGGCUCCACCUGUGGGCUGCAGGCUCUGAAACCCAUCCUGCUGGAAUCACCGAUUUUCUGGCUGAGGCCUCCGCUGAAGUGGAUGGGCCAGUGCCCGGGUACCUGUCUGCCCCCCAGAACAUAAUGGACACGUGCCUGUAUAUCUUCACCUCUGGCACCACAGGCCUCCCCAAGGCUGCUCGGAUCAGUCAUCUGAAGGUCCUGCAAUGCCAAGGAUUCUACCAGCUGUGCGGCGCCCACCAGGAGGAUGUGAUCUACCUUGCCCUCCCACUCUACCACAUGUCUGGCUCCCUGUUGGGCAUCGUGGGGUGCUUGGGCAUUGGGGCCACAGUGGUGCUGAAGUCCAAGUUCUCAGCUGGUCAGUUCUGGGAGGACUGCCAGCAGCACGGGGUGACGGUGUUCCAGUACAUCGGGGAAUUAUGCCGAUACCUUGUGAACCAGCCCCCGGUGCUGGAGACGUAUGGACUGACAGAGGGCAACGUGGCCACUUUCAACUACACAGGACAGCGGGGUGCUGUGGGGCGCGCCUCCUGGCUUUACAAGCAUGUCUUCCCCUUCUCUUUGAUUCGCUAUGAUGUCACCACAGGGGAGCCGAUUCGGAACACCCAGGGGCUCUGUGUGGCCACAUCUCCAGGUGAGCCAGGGCUGCUGGUGGCCCCCGUGAACCAGCAGUCACCCUUCCUGGGCUAUGCUGGGGGGCCAGAGCUGGCCCGGGGAAAGCUGCUGAAGGAUGUCUUCCAGCCUGGGGAUGUUUUCUUCAACACUGGGGACCUGUUGGUCUGCGACGACCAAGGCUUUCUUCGCUUCCACGAUCGUACUGGAGACACCUUCAGGUGGAAGGGGGAGAAUGUGGCCACGACCGAGGUGGCUGAGGCCUUGGAGGCCCUGGAUUUUCUUCAGGAGGUGAACGUCUACGGAGUCACUGUGCCAGGGCACGAAGGCAGGGCUGGGAUGGCAGCCCUGGUUCUGCGUCCCCCCCACUCUUUGGACCUUGUGCAGCUCUACGUCCGUGUUUCCGAGAACUUGCCACCUUAUGCCCGGCCUCGAUUCCUAAGGCUUCAGGAGUCACUGGCCACCACAGAGACCUUCAAGCAGCAGAAGGUUCGGAUGGCAAAGGAGGGCUUUGACCCAAGCGUACUGUCCGACCCCCUCUACAUUCUGGACCAGGCUGGGGGCGCCUACCUGCCCCUCACACCUGCCCGGUACAGUGCCCUCCUGGCCGGGGACCUUCGCAUCUGAGAGCCUCCACACCAGUGUGCCUGAGGGAGGGACUUUGUGGGGUGGGGUUAUUGCAGGUGUAUCAGCCGCCGUCAGGGAUCUCUUCUAUACCAGGUUUGUAAUCUUUAUUUUGUAAUAAAUGUGGCCAGAGCCCAUCUGGCUCUGUCUUUCUCAUCUACAGUAUUCGCUUCCCUGUCUGUCUGUGGAACUGCUUUUCCCGCAGACAUUUUCACCCGCCCGGAGCCACAGGCGCUCCUGCCCUGACCAUGUGGCCUGAGCUCAGUGUCUGGACCUCAGUGUUUUUCCUCUCAGGUGACCCCGUGUGAUCCUUGUCCUUGGAAAACCCCUGAUGACUGAUGUCUGUCUGUGCUUGUGGAUAUCCUGUCCCAGUUUCACUCCCUGAGUGCAGGGCCCCCACUGCUCUCUCUGGGGAGCCAGAGGACCCAAGGGAUUGGUUCAAAUGGCCGAAGUGGACAGAGGCACAAA